AUGGUUCUCGUUGCAGCUGGUCAAUUGAACUCUUCAUCAUCCCUUAUUGAGAAUGGACAAACUGUGGUUAAAUUAAUCUCCAAAGCUGUUGAAUUAGGUAUCAAGAUCUUGUUUUUACCAGAAGCAUCAGAUUAUUUAGCUAAAAAUGCAUCACAUUCCAAAAAAUUAGUUAAAUCAAUUGAUGAAUCACCAUUUGUCCUUGAAAUUCAAAAAAAAUUACAAGAUUUACAUUCAAAAGGUAUAUUCAUUAAUAUUAAUGUUGGUAUUCAUGAACCAAGUCCAAAUAGUGAUAGAACUCAAAAUACAAGUAUUUGGUUUAAUGAAAAGGGUGAAAUUACUCAAAGAUAUCAAAAAAUUCAUUUAUUUGAUGUUGAUGUUGCAAAUGGUCCAAUUUUAAGAGAAAGUGAAAGUGUUGAACCAGGUUCUCAAGUAUUACCACCAUUUGAUACAAUUGCAGGUAAAGUCGCUUUAGGGAUUUGUUAUGAUAUUAGAUUCCCAGAAUUAGCAUUAAGACAACGUUCAUUAGGUGCACAAAUCUUAACAUUUCCAAGUGCAUUCACUGUUAGAACCGGAGCUGCACAUUGGCAUUUAUUAGGUAGAUCAAGAGCAAUUGAUACACAAAGUUAUGUUAUAAUGGCUGCACAAUCAGGUCCUCAUAAUACACCAGACGAGGAAGAUUUAGCUAAUGGUACUGACUUUAAACCAACAAGAAUUAGUUAUGGACAUAGUUUAAUUAUUGAUCCUUGGGGUACUAUAAUUGCAGAAACUAGUGAUAUUGAUGUUGGUAAAACUGCAUUAGCUAUAGCCGAUAUUGAUUUAGAUCAAUUAGAAAUUGUUCGUAAGAAUAUGCCAUUAUGGUCACAAAGAAGAUCUGAUGUUUUCGGUUAUGAUGUGUAA